UCUUUCGUUCAGUGAAUGUGAAUCUCUUGUUUCAUGGUCAUGGCGGUUCCCGCGCAAAUCACCGAUUGCGAUGAGCAGAGCUUGUGGGACGAUCUCGUGCGGCAAACGAAGGAGGCUCUGGAGACGAACACUGAUCCUAACCUGUUGGCUUUGGAGCUGACGACGAAGCUUCACUCCUCCCCCGGCGUUACUCUCCCUUCCGUCGAACUCGCUCACCGCUUCGUCGCUCACUUCUUUUGGGACAACCACAGCCCCGCCGCUUGGAAGUUUCUCCAUACAGCUUCCUCUCUCAACCUCAUCCCUCCAUUGCUCCUCAUCGCACUUCUCUCCACCAGGGUUGUUCCAAGCAGAAAACUCUAUCCUGCGGCUUACAGACUCUAUAUGGAACUUCUCAAGCGAAAUGCCUUUAUGCUUGAAUCUCAUAUCAAUUCUCCGAACUAUGAAAAGAUUAUGAAAUCUAUUGAUGGUGUUCUUCAGCUUUCCCAGGUAUACAGCCUAAAGGUGUGUGAGCCAGGAGUUAUUCUUGUUGAAUUUGUCUUUUCAGCUGUAUGGCAAUUACUCGAAGCAUUAUUAGAUGAUGAAGGGUUACUAAAUCACGCUCCAGAGAAUAAGCCUAGAUGGCUAAGCAGGUCACAUGAUAUGAAUAUUGAUGGACCUGACUGCUUCAGAGAAAAUAAAACUGAGCAGAAGGAGGGGUUGCAGAGGGAAAAUACAGCAAUGGCUAUCGAGAUUAUUGCAGAAUUUUUGCAAAACAAGAUGACUUCAAGGAUCCUUUCCUUAGUUCAUCGGAACAUGCCAUCACAUUGGGGAUUUUUCAUUCACCAAAUGCAGCUGUUUGCAUCAAACUCUUCAGUUUUGAGGAAUCUGAAACAUAUUACUGCAGAGACCCUUUUGCUUUUGACAGAAAAUGUUCAAGAGGUUUUAUCCCAUGAAUGCAAAACAAAAUCUAAGCUGGAGUCUAAUGUAGUCAUACCUGCUGGUCCUCAGAUAUCUUUUGCUUGUCAAUCUUUUGGUGAUAGUUGGUCUUCACACUGGCUUCCUAUUGAUCUCAUCCUGGAAGAUGCUUUGGCAGGAGGGCAAGUGGCAGCAUUUAGUGCUAUUGAAAUUAUUGCUGGUUUGGUGAAGACUUUACAUGCAGUUAAUGGCACUACAUGGAACAAUACAUUUUUGGGUUUAUGGGUUGCAGCACUGCGGUUGGUUCAAAGGGAGAGGGAUUCAAAGGAAAGUCCUAUACCUCGUUUUGAUACUUGCAUGUGUAUGUUAUUGAGCAUCACAACCCUUGUGGUCACUCAGAUUAUUGAGGAAGAGGAAGGUGAACUGAUUGAAGAAGCUGAACACAGACCUACAUAUCAAGGGAAAGAUAAUCAGGCUCUGGGGAAGCGUCGUGAGGAAUUGAUUACCAGCUUACAGCUAUUGGGUGAUUAUGAGUUCUUACUGACUCCACCUCAACCUGUUCUUAUGGAAGCCAAUCAAGCUGCUGCCAAGGCUAUUAUGUUGUUAUCAGGAAACCCUGUUGGUAGUGGGGACUUAGAACAUAUGAGCAUGAAUGACUUGCCCAUGAAAUGUUCUGGCAACUUACGGCAUCUAAUUGUUGAGGCUUGUAUUGCAAGAAAUCUACUUGAUACAUCAGCUUAUUUUUGGCCUGGCUAUGUGAAUGCAUGCAGCAAUCAAAUUCCAAGUAGCGUUUCUAACCAGGAGGCUGGCUGGUCUUCGUUGAUGAAGGGAUCGCAACUAACUCCUACAUUGGUUAACGUCUUAGUUGCAACUCCAGCUUCCAGCUUAGCAGAGACUGAAAAAAUAUAUGAAAUUGCAAUCAAUGGUUCAGAAGAAGAAAAGAUAUCUGCUGCUACCAUUCUGUGUGGGGCAUCUCUAGUACGUGGAUGGAAUGUACAGGAGCACAUAAUUCUUUUUAUCAUAAAAUUACUCGCACCUGAUGUUCCUCCUAAUUACUCGGGGGCUGAAAGCCAUUUGAUCAGCCAAGCUCCAAUAGUAAACGUCCUUCUUAUUGGAAUUUCAUCAGUAGAUUGUGUUCAAAUUUUCUCCCUACAUGGUUUGCUUCCGUUACUUUCAGCAGGCCUAAUGCUAAUAUGUGAGGUUUUUGGAUCAUGUGUUCCUGAUUACUCAUUGACUCUUGCUACCGGAGAAAAACUCUCUCAUCAUGAGGUGUUCUCUAAUGCAUUUACCCUUAUGCUGAGGUUCUGGCGGUUUGAUCUUGUACCUCUCAAACAUGUGACGAGGGACGUAGCCACUCCACCAUUUGGAUCACCAUUUAGUCCUGAAUGCCUUUUAUUGAUUCGGAACUGCAAGUUGGCUUCGUUUGGAAGAUCAGCAAAGGAUCGACAAAAGCUCAAAAGACAUUCAAAAAAUUUAUAUCUUUCUCCAGAACCUGUAUUUAUGGAUUCCUUUCCAAAAUUAAACUUUUGGUAUCAGCAACAUCAAGAAUGCAUUGCUUCAAUCUGCUCUGGUUUUGUGCCUGGAGGGUCUGUUCAUCAGAUUGUUGAUGCUCUAAUAAGCAUGAUGUUUAGGAAGCUAACUAAUGGUGCUGAAACUUCGACACCUACGACUUCUGGAAGCAGCAUUUCGUCAGUGUCUACAUUGGAUGAUUCUUCAAUGAAACUAAAAGUUCCUGCAUGGGAUAUCCUGGAAGCUAUUCCCUUUGUGCUGGAUGCUGCUCUGACAGCUUGUGCUUAUGGAAGACUCUCUACCCGUGAACUGGCCACAGGCCUCAAAGAUCUAGCCGAUUUUCUUCCAGCAUCUUUGGUUACCAUUACAAGCUACUUUUCAGCUGAAGUUACUCGGGGCAUAUGGAAGCCAGCUUUUAUGAAUGGAAUUGAUUGGCCUAGCCCUGCCGCAAAUUUGUCCUUUGUUGAGCAACAGAUAACACAAAUUCUAGCAGCCACGGGUGUUGAUGUUCCAAGCCUUGCUGUAGAUGGGGACUCUCCGGCUACACUUCCUUUGCCCUUGGCAGCUUUUCUAAGCCUCUCAAUAACAUAUAGACUUGACAAAGCCAGUCAGCGAAUCCUUGCCCUGAUUGCCCCUGCUAUUAAUGCCCUUGCUUCUGGUUGUCCCUGGCCCUGUAUGCCUAUUGUAGCUUCUUUGUGGAUCCAGAAAGUGAAGCGUUGGAGUGAAUUCCUUGUAUUCUCUGCUUCCGGAACUAUAUUCCACAACAACAGGGAUGCUGUAGUUCAACUACUAAAAAGUUGCUUCACAUCCACCCUUGGGAUUGGCUCUGCCUGUAUUUACAAUAAUGGUGGAGUUAGUUCCCUCCUUGGUCAUGGCUUUGUUUCCCAAAUAUCCGGUGACAUAUCUCCAGUUGCUCCAGGGAUUCUUUACUUACGAGUGUACCGGUCUAUUGGAGAUAUCACAUUCUUGACUGAAGAAAUUUUGUCUAUUCUAAUGCUUUCUGUUAAAGACAUAGCAAGUAGUGAGCUUCCCAAGGGAGAUGUAAAGAAACUAAAGAAAACCAAGCAUGGAAUAAAAUUUGGACAAGUUUCUCUUGCCAGAUCCAUGUCACGUGUCAAGCGUGCCGCUCUACUCGGGGCUUCAUUGGUUUGGAUAUCAGGUGGACCAAAGUUGGUUCAUUCUUUUAUAAGAGAGACUCUACCUUCCUGGUUUUUAUCAGCUAAUAUGUUGGAGCAGGAUGGUGGAGAAUCUGGAACUGUUGUUGCUAUGCUUAGAGGUUAUGCACUGGCAUUUUUUGUUAUGCUUAGCGGGGCAUUUUCCUGGGGUAUUGACCAUUCUUCAAUUACAUCUAAACGAGGAACAAAGGUUCUUCGGUUGCAUUUGGAAUUUCUUACAAGCGCCCUAGACAGAAAUUCAUCACUACGUUGCCAUUGCGCUACUUGGCAAGCCUAUGUGUCAGGAUUUGUGAGUUUGAUGGUGGGUUGCACUCCAUUGUGGGUCCAGGAUGUCGAUGUGGAUUUGUUGAAGAGAUUGAGCAGAGGAUUAAGACGGUUGAAUGAACACGAGUUGGCUCUUCGACUUUUGGAAAUUGGAGGGUUAGGCGUCAUGGGGGCAGCAGCUGAAAUGAUUAUUAACUUUGAACAUAGAUUUUAAAUCUGUCAGAACUGGAAAAUACUAUCCCAAUUCAUUAGUUCAUGAUUUGUUAACCUUUUUGGCUUCAAGUGUAAAGGAUGUUGGUAUUCUGAUUCAGUCAUAGAU